AAACUAAAAAUCCUAAUUCUAAUUUUCAAGAGAGUAACGAGACUAAAGUCUAAAACACAAAAAAUCUAAAAUAACCUAAGGCUAAGAGGCGACAUCUACAGCAGCGGCGGCGAACCGGCGAACUCCAUCUCCAAUCGGGGCGAACCAUCAGCAACGGCGGCGAAAUCCAGUGGUAAACGGAAGCAACCAUCGGCGAACCAACGGCAGCUAGCAGCGGUGAUUAAGUCAUGGAGCACGGUUCAUUCGAAGAUCAAUCACAAGCAACAUUCUCGCUGACAGAUGAGGACCAUACACUGGCAAAUGCUGUUAGAUUUACUCUAAAUCAAGAUCCCAGAGUAACAUUUUGUGGUUACAGCAUUCCACAUCCCUCUGAUGCUAGAGUGAAUAUAAGGGUUCAGACUACUGGGGAUCCAGCAAGAGAGGUAUUGAAUGAUUCAUGUCAGGAUCUAAUGCUUAUCUGCGAGCACGUUAGAGGCACAUUUGAUCAGGCUGUUUUAAAGUUUAAAACCGGAAAGGUCUGAGCACUAUGGAUAUCAAGAAAUAAUUUGACUAAUAGUUUAUAUAGCCUUCUGUCCAUGUGCAAUUUUUUCCUGUUUUGCAAACACGAGGAAACCUGUUAAUGUAAUUGCUCUAUUUAUUUGGUGCACUAAGUUGCUUUUUUUGCAAAAUCAUGCUAAAGAAUGCACCUUGGGUUGUAUGGCAAUAUUAAUCUGCACAUUGUUUGUUGUCAGUAGUAAUUUUAUGUUCUAGUUUAUGUGAUAGUGAA